CCUUCCCGCCGCCCCCCCCGCCCCGGCCACCAUGAACACCAACGUGUGCGUGGAGAGCGGCCCCAACCCCGAGGCGCCGGGGCUGCCCAAGGACAGCCACCUGCCCGAAGGGGCCCUCAACAGCCUUGUGGAUUACAACUCGGAGAUGGAGAGGUACCGCUCCUUCGCCACCUUCUACAAGACCAACGGCGGCGCCUUCCCCCAGGCGGCCAAGAUCGCCCGCAUCACCACCCCCAUCUUCCCCAGCGCGGCCGCCGCCGCCGCCGCCCGCAUCGGCAUGUCCCCCUGGAACUGCGACACCGCCACGGCCGCCGCCGCCACCGCCAUGCUCUGGGGCAGCGGCGGCGGCGGCGGCGCGGCGGGCGGCGCGAGGAAACCCUCCUCCUCCUCCUCCUCCGCCGCCGCCGCCGCCUCCGCGGCCGCCGCCGCCGCCUCCUCGCUGCACGCCGGCAGGGGCGGCAUGCACCACCGGAGCGACUCGCAGCGGCUGGGCAAGCCCGGCUGCCCGCCGGCCGAGCAGCCCGCCCUGCCCAUGGCCAACGGCAACUUCCUCUCUACCCUCGCCCCCGAGCACUGCCGGCCGCUGGCCGGCGAGUGCAUGAACAAGCUCAAGUGCGGCGCCGCCGAAGCCGAGAUCAUGAACCUCCCCGACCGCGUCGGCACCUUCUCGGCCAUCCCGGCGCUGGGCGGCCUCUCCCUUCCCCCCGGGGUCAUCGUCAUGACGGCCCUGCACUCCCCCGCCGCGGCCUCGGCCGCCGUCACAGACAGCGCCUUCCAGAUCGCCAACCUGGCGGACUGCCCGCAGAGCCACGCCUCGGCCUCGCCCGCCUCCGCCCUGGGCGCCGCCGCCGGCGCGGGGGCCGGCGGAGGCGGCGGCGGUGGCGGCGGAGGUGGAGGGGGGGCCGGCGGCACCGGCGGCGGGGCCGGGGCCGGGGCGGGCAACCCCGCCAAGAAGAAGCGGAAACGCUGCGGGGUGUGCGUGCCCUGCAAGCGGCUCAUCAACUGUGGAGUCUGCAGCAGUUGCAGGAACCGCAAAACGGGACACCAGAUCUGCAAAUUUAGGAAAUGUGAAGAGCUUAAGAAAAAACCGGGCACUUCGUUAGAGAGAACACCUGUUCCCAGCGCUGAAGCAUUCCGAUGGUUCUUUUAAGCAGUAGUGUAUCUUAUUUUCGAGGCAGUCCGAAGUGAAUGGAAAGCUAAAGUCUUGUUUUAAGAAACUGCUUAGUCCACCAUUGAAGAAUAUACUCAGAUACUAUUUUCAUUUGUGUAUAGGGGUUUCCUCAAAAGCAAAAGACAAAAACCUGUGAGCCUGGGGAAUUGGCCAGCUUCUUCACAUUCAGUACACCGAUUCUUUCUUUGAUGUAACUUAGCUAUACUAGUGAAGUUGUUGUCUAUUUUUAAAGUGGCUGUAAAAAAAAAAAAGUUUGGGUAAACCCCUGCUAUAAAGUCAUGUAUCUUUGAAAAGUAACAUAUCUAUACUUCAUUUUCAAAUAUAUGUGUUUCAGUACUGUAAACUGUACAGAUAGCCGCUUGUAUUUUGUGUGUUUAGACACAAGGAGACAAUCAUGUCUGAGCAUCAACGGAGAUAAACGGUUUGUACACAACAGUGUGGUUCUGCAAAUUGAAUCCGGAGCAAUAAAUUCUAGCUUUAACUAUUAUUUUGCUAGUUGUUUAGCAGCAGCAGCAGCAACAGCAGCACUGUUUUACCAUGCAUCCUUCCAUAGAGACUUGAUGCCAAGUUUUCCAAGAUAAAAAGAUUGUGAUGCAUCUAGCAAUUACCUUCUGUUGUGGUGUUGUGAGAGGGGAAGACGUAACACUUAAAAUUAAUCUUUCAAGCACUAUAUUAGAAUAGUGGUUUGUGCACUUGCAUUGCUUCCAAAGGAGCUUUACAGAGGGGUAUCUCUCAAAAAAUGCUGUCUGGUGUCUGGCUCAUUUUUCACUGUGCCCAGCAUAGGCAAAUGUGCAAAACUAGUAAUUUAAAUAAAGAUUGUUCUAGGAUACAAACCAGAGUAUGGGACCUUAGGAAAAAUGAUGACUCAGUUUAAUUACCCUUCACCUACAAGAUCUUAUGUAACACUUUCAGUCAAUGGAGUAAAUAUUUUAUAAAGUGGAAUGCCAUAUUUUUGGUUCUGGUGGAGCUCUUCACAGUUAAGUGAGUUUGGACAGUUGGACUGGUUUAGGUCUCACUUGCACUUGUGCUCAUUUGAGGGCCUGGAUAUUUUUGCGGUAUAAAAAAGAUUUUUUUUUUUUGUGCUUUAAAAAAAGACCACUUCUCCCCACAUAUUUCUUGGUCCACUGAUCUCGGCUUUGCUGAAUGACUGGUCCCUUAAGCCCUUAAAAAAUGCUUUGCCGUUCUUCUUCCUGUUCUAGCUGUAUGGAAGAAAUGUCUACUCCAUGGAAAGGCAGCACACAGAGGGAUAUAGCUGACCUGCCAUAAAAAAUAAGGAGAAUUCUUUACUUAGGGAUACUUACUAUCAGUCGAUCAUCACUUUUUAUCACUUGGCUUUGUCAUACCACUCUGGAGUGAGAAGGCCAUGCCACCAAAGUAAGUGAAUGCUGUUGUGCCAUGUAUCUGAUAGAUUUAUAAUUUUAUACAAGAUAGGCCUACCAGUAGUUUCACAAACAAGGUGCUGGGCAUGGAAAUAACCAAUUAAUGUUGCACAGCACAUGUAAAUCUCCUACUGUUUCAGCACUUUCUUCGGGGUUUUGCUAAGUACUUCAGCCUUUGGCCCUGGUCACACUUACUUGAUGAAGCACGAGGGAUGGGUUAGGAAUGCUCCAGUGGGACUGUGCAGGUGGGGAAGAUGCCAGCUUUGGCAAGUGAGGGCUGGCAGGUGUCAGGAACAGCCCAGAAAGUGAAGACCAGGGGAUGGAGGCAGAGAAACCUCCUGAAGUCACAUGUGUGCAUCAGCAGGACCGGGCAGAGCGUGGGUGACCCAGGGUAACUGGAGGGCACAGUUGGGCUGGGCUUACACCUGCAUCCUCAGCUCAGGGUCAGUGCAUGUGUCUGUGCCCUUGCGUCGCACGACGCCACAUACAGGGCUUCGGAGGUGGAAUGUCACGCUUAAAAUGAUUCUAUCAUGGUGUCCCUCUUACAGUUUGUGAGAUCCUCAGUUGUAUACUCAUCCAAUGCCCAUUCAGUGAGCUCUGUGUCUGUUUGUAGGGCAGCUGUGUAUGGAUUUUUUUGUGUUGGAGACUUUUUGGUUAGGGGCCUCUGUUACUGAUCAUUAGACCAAUAUGAGCUCUGCAAGGUCUUCUCUACCAAAGUGCUGAUUGACUUACAAACUGAAGCCUUAUUUGUACAUCUGGCUGGUAAGGUUGCCUUGCUCUUUGGAAAACUCUCAUUGCUCUUACAGAAGCAGAGGCAAAGUUAAGUUCAGGAUACAUUAGGUGUACAAAGAUACUCAUAGCAAUGUACUUACUGUCUAAUACCCUAAUGUUGCAUGUCUUGUGGUUCCUUUUUUUUUGCUUUGUUGUUUUCUUUUAAAGAACUGCUGUAUCUGUAAAUUGUAAUUCUGGUGUUUUACAUGUCAAUCCAAAAUUGUUAAACACACAAACAAGCAUACCUGUUAAUUAUUGAAAAUGAACCAGAGGUGAUUUUUCUUUGAUUUACCCUUACGGUUUUCAUUUCAGAGGUUGUUGCUUUGCACCAUCAGGUUUUUAGAUUCUGCUGAAACAGUAUUUAAUAUGAUGUAGUGUGCAUAGAGCAUUUUAAUUAGUGAUGUUUGAAGAAGGAAAUCCAUUUUCUGGCCUGUCUCUCCCCACCCCUCCCCAUUUAUAUACAUAUUUGUCAGUCAGAUUAUUGUCAAGUUCUAAUUACCAAAUUUGUGCCUUUCACAAGGUCCAAUACUGUUUUCCAGUAUGAAAAUUUGUAUUCUUCUCCAUUCUUCAUUCUCACAGUGAAAAGUAAAAAAAAAAAAAAAAGGUGUGGGCAAAAAAAAAAUAGUAGAACUCUGUCUUCUAGGUGUGAGUGAGUGCUAAGCCUAGUGGAAGCAUUUUUGGCAUACCCCAGAUAAACUUAUGAAAAAUGGUAAGCUUGAAAGGGAGGCACACGUACCCAUUCUGUCAAUUAAUAACAGACCCUCCCUAUGAGGGAAAAUACUCCCUUUUGUACAGACCCCCUGGUAUGUAAGUCCUACAAUUAAUGUUGAAGAAUGUAAAGUCUUUAAACGGGCUAUAUCUGUAAUCAAAUAAUGAAGAAAGAAAGUAGUUAAAGGAACAUACCAUUCAGGGUCGAAUGCAUUCAGCAAAAAGCAGUAGUGGGUCUUUGAUCAUGGUUAGAUGCAUAGUGAUAUCAAACAGUGGGUUCUCAUGUAACAGCUAAAUGUUUCAGAUUUUGUUUUUAUUAAAUUUGGCAGUUUCACGCUGAGCUCUACUGUAUUCUUAGUGAACAAAAGACAGCUCCUAUGUUAGAAAGUACUCCAUUUUCACAAUUGCAGGGAACUAGGAGGGUAUUUUCAGAAACAUGGGCCACAGAAAUGUACUCCUUUCACAGUGUUCUCCUAUUUCUGAACUGUGCAGUUAUCUAUUAAAUUUUCUAAUAGAUAUUUGUGUAAGGUGUAUGUAUGCUUGUGCAAUUAUGGAAAAAAACAGUUUUGGAAAACAGUGUAUUUAUGAAAAAAUAAUCACUUAUGGGGCAUGUACAAAACUGUAUAAAAACAUUCAAUUUGCCCAGUAAAGUUGUUUUUUGUGAUAUUUCUGUGUUGUUGAAUAAAGGACUUUAGUAUUCAAAAUAUCUCUCUUUUUCCAUAAACAGGUCCUGUUUGUGGGAUCUUAAACAAAGAAAACCUCUUUUACAAAAGAACCCUCAAAAUGAGCGAGAAGGUCCAAAUGCUGACCUCAGUCUUGCGUGUGGGAAUGAAUGCUUAUGAAGUGAUGGUACAAUAGCCACAGAGCUUAUUCCUUCUCAAUUGGCAAUUGAUGGAAACCCCAUAAGUUGUAUAACUGAAGGUAACAUCGUACUCUGGAUUUUUUAAAAUAGCAGGAAAAAAAUACUGCCUUUUCUUCAACUAGGAAUGUUACUUGGAGAUUUUGAGGCUUUGAAAGGUUAGUGAAGUAAGAGCAAAGCUGAUUACAGAAAGCCUUAAACCCAUUAGUGCAGACCUGUGUUGUAUAAAAAGAGUGGAGUAGUGAGGGUGGUGUGAUAAAUUAGUAGUUAGCUUUGUAUGGAGAAGCACGCAAAGGUGAAAUUUCAUCUGUAGCUCUUGCAACAAACAGUAAUCCUGAGGGUAGAUCAGCCCAUUGCUGUUGAAAUACUUGGAAUUACAAAUAUGGUUUGUGAGAGAAUGACAACAUUAUCUUCCUUUCUGUUUUACUGCUUCUCAGUUCAAAGUUCAGCUCUCUACCUGUCUCAAAACUCAAAUGCAUAGCUAAGGAAAUGUUUUACUCUUGACAUUUUGUUUCCCCAUACUACUUGCCAGCAUUGAAGCAACUUCAGAUAGGUGGGAAGGUUUGUGACAGGCACAUCAUCUGGUUUUGGUGAAAUUUGAAACGUCAUUUUUCUGCGAAUAUUCCUUUAAUCAACAGAAAGUCGACUCUUAGGUGCCAAAACAGAAUUUUGAACGAGUUUGAAAAACGAGGUAGGUCCUUUAGUCUGUGAGAUGCUUUCAAUGCCAGCUGAUUUUCCAGGGGGAGCCUUGGUGUAUCCUUUUGUUUUUUCAAGAAAGCAACAAAAGAAAAAGGAACAGAAGUGGAUUUUCCACUGAUCCUGUCUGCUCUCAUCGAAAUCCAUAAGGAUAGAUGUUCUUGGGAGACGUAGACCGCUCAUUAGACAAGAGUGAAUCUUGAGGUCCGUUUGAAGAGGAGGAAAAGGGCUGCCAGGUUGCUCAGGCAUACUCAGUGAUCUCUCUGGAUUAAAUAUAGAAUUCACAGGGAGGAAAUACACUCAUUUCAUGAGACGGUCGAUUUGGAAGCAGGAAGAGGUCUCUGAGUUCCUAUUCUUUUAAUGCUUUCUCUUUCAACAUUUUUUCCCCUCAAGUAUUGUUUUAUACUGGUCUGAAUGAAAAACGUCCCUCAGCUCUGAAGAAAUACUCGCCCCAGAUAUGAACCUUGCAGUUUAAAACUACCUCUAGUUUUUUAUAGCUUUUAUUUUUUAAUUAAAAAACCAAAAUACCCCAAAACAACAACAAAACUAAGCAACUAAAAGUAAAAACCCAGUCAAGAAGCAGGUAAUUCUUCAAAGCCAAAGCUGACAAACUAAUUACUGAGCCUAUUAAAGAAAGGAAAAUACCCUUUUGUGUGGAAACUCAGUUUUUCUAGGCUGUGUUGAGCUCAAUUUGGUUUUGCUACUAGCCAUGUCAAUGCUCUCAUAUAUUUCCAAGGAACAAGUCUGAAAUUAUGAACAGUCUAGUGAUACAGGGCAGUGUGCCUUCUGGGAGGCUCCAGUCUUCCCCAUGUUCCCAUGGGGUUUACCAGAUAGCUUGUGGAAAUUGAGGAUAUUGUAUAGGAGGCUUGGUCGUAAGUUUGAUCUUACUUCACUGUAAGGAUCUACUCAGUUACCCGUGUGCACUGAGCAUGGAUAAAUGGCCCCAAAAUCUAUAAAGGAAAGAAAUUAUUCUUCUUCUCAGUAAUAAUUGCAGAACAUACAAUGAUCUUUGAAACCACUGUAUCUAUCUGAGGAAAGAAAGACGAAGUGCUGCAGGAUCUGCUCCCCCUGUAGGUUUGUCUUGGUUUGCUGUUUGGUUUUUAGGGUGGAUACACUCAGCUGGGUCGCUGGGUGCUUCAGCAGAGCCAUUUUGCCCAAGGCAGGCAGAAUAAAGGAAAUGCAGGUAGCAAAAUGUUAUUCUUGCAAGACAAAAAUCUAGAUUGCCUAAAGAAACUGUGAUGUUCUGGAGGAUUUUCUCGGCUCUUCUAAGUUCUCAGAUGAUAUUAAAGGAUUGUCACAUUAUUAGUAAUGUAAUAAUCAGGAAGAAUUUGUCAUGCUACCACCCAUUCCUGAAAAACAAGUUUUAGAAGUCAGCCUUAAUGGGUUAAUUUCCCAACCAACUCUGAAGGUGCUUCUUCAUGUAAUAUUACUUCCCUAUAACAGAAGAUGCUGUGGUAGUGGGUUGAUUGGCCUAUACAGGGCCUUGACUUGCAGAGUCAAGGAUCUCUGAUAGAAAAUAACUCAGAAUUCUGGUAGAAGGAUCUGUAGGUGUCAUGAUGUCAGCCAGAGCCUGGAUUAAUUAUUCGGUGCCAUUCUCCCCAGCUUGGUUUAUGACAUGUAUAAGCAUCCUACAUUUGAGAAGAAACCACCUUUCUUCUCUUGCUCUUUUAAGUCUGCUCUCUUUAUGGAAUUAAUAAGACUAAUUAACCCUCUGCACUUCUUCAGGAAAGGCCAAAGCAUUAGAAGAAAUACAUCUCUUUUUGGCUAGACAUUUUCCUUUGGGAAAAGACAGAAGGGUUAGUCUAUGUCAGAAACUCCUGGUGCUUUCUCAAAUCUCCUAACAGGGGUUUCUCUGCAUUGGAUGUAGCUGGUGAGCAGAGUCCAUAGCUCAGCCUGGCAAUUGGUCACAAUCCUAGAGAACAUCAGCACUAAGGCAGACAGGAGCCAUGGGGGAUGUUCCCACCGCCCCUCCCUGGUACGUGUGACACACACAGGUUUAUGGCAGGGGUGCAACACCUUUCCCAUGCAGGGGGUCAGGCUUGCUAUGCCCAGCAGAGAGGUGAACUUCCCCAGAACUGAGCAGCCUAUAGCAUGCUGAAGGUUUUUAAGAUGAGAGAAGGUUUUUACAUGUCCAGACAGGGACUAGAACAUCUCAACCCACUUGUCUCACAUUAGCUUUUGAUUUAUAGCUGUGAGAGUUGGUGGCCACCAGGCUGCAGGAGAAGGAGCUGGGCUGUUGAGGAUACCUAGUCUCUUCUUACAUGCCUACAUUUUAAUGGUCCUACCUAGAGAUUGAUAGUGAAUUUGAGCAGCUGAUACGUUGACCGAGACUAAUGCAAAAUUAUUACAACUGGUUUUCAACCUUUUGUUGGAAAUAACCUGAUCUAGCAAAAUCUGUCACCACAUUAGGAACUGUGAAUUAAUUAUUGCUUUCUGAUACUCUGCUCUUACUUGUUUUGCCUUUUUAUCCUGAUUGUUUGCAUUCCUAGGACUGAUUUGCCUUUCUGAUGCAAUGCCAUGUGAUCUGCUGAUUAAUUUUUGUGAGCAAUCAUAAACUCCAACCUAUGGCUGACUCCAUAUAUUUUUAUGCUACGCUCCAUAAACAUUCAUUCAUUUAUUAUGAUUACUGUGUGGAAACAGACUUUUACAGGCUAAUAAACUUGGAUUUGAACUGGU